AUGGCGCUUAUUUGUAUUGGUUCUGUUUGUUUUUCUUUACUACACGUGGGGGCUAUAAUUUUGUUUAUCCUUAAUUACUUUUAUGCACACUUUAAGAAGUAUCUACCGGAAUUUUUAACGGGUGGCCAAGAAAAGGGCAAACAAAUUGAAGAGGCUUUGAAAUGCAGGCAGAAAAACAAGGAUUAUUCUGAAGGCACAUAUAUCGAUUUAGAGGAUGGGAAAAAAUUAAGUGAUGUAUUGAACUCAACCCAAAACAUCUCUGCAGUUGUGAAAUUCGGAGCCACUUGGUGCAAACCAUGUAACAAAAUUAGACGAUAUUUUAAGAACCAAAUCAUCACCUAUGCAGUGACCCUUAUUGAUGUGGACGUGGACAUUCACGAAACGUUAAGGGAUGAGCACAACAUUAAAGUCUUACCGACCCUUUUAUUUUACGUCCAGAUAAAAAAUAAAUGGGUUUUGACAGAAAGGAUUGAAGGAUCUAAUCAAGCAGACAUAGAAAAGGCUUUCCAAAAAUAUAGUGUUCUAAAGGAAAGUUAA